UCCGCCCACCCGGGCCGCGAGGGCUGCCGGGACGGCCCCCAUCUUCCUCACGCACUGUAGGCCCCCGGCGGCGCUGGGAAGUGGAGACGUUGUUGUCGUUGUUAGUGUUUGUGCGGCGUGGCUUUGUGGUACCGGGACCUUAAAGAUAGCCACAAUGGCUGAAAAUGGUGAUAAUGAAAAAAUGGCUGCUCUUGAGGCCAAAAUCUGUCAUCAAAUUGAGUAUUAUUUUGGUGACUUCAAUUUGCCACGAGACAAAUUUUUAAAGGAACAGAUCAAACUGGAUGAAGGCUGGGUCCCUUUGGAGAUAAUGAUAAAGUUCAAUAGGUUAAACCGUCUAACAACAGACUUUAAUGUGAUAGUAGAAGCACUGAGUAAAUCAAAAGCUGAACUCAUGGAAAUAAGUGAAGAUAAAACUAAAAUCAGAAGAUCUCCAAGCAAACCCCUCCCUGAAGUGACUGAUGAAUAUAAGAAUGAUGUAAAAAACAGAUCUGUUUAUAUUAAAGGGUUCCCAACUGAUGCAACCCUUGAUGAUAUAAAAGAAUGGUUAGAAGAUAAAGGUCAAGUACUAAAUAUUCAGAUGAGAAGAACAUUACACAAAGCAUUUAAGGGAUCAAUUUUUGCUGUGUUUGAUAGUAUUGAAUCUGCUAAGAAGUUUGUUGAUACCCCUGGCCAGAAGUAUAAAGACACAGACCUGCUAAUACUUUUCAAGGAAGAUUAUUUUGCAAAAAAAAAUGAAGAAAGAAAGCAAAAUAAAGUGGAAGCUAAAUUACGAGCUAAACAAGAGCAAGAAGAAAAACAAAAGUUAGCAGAAAAUGCUGAAAUGAAAUCUCUAGAAGAAAAGAUUGGCUGCUUGCUGAAAUUUUCAGGAGACUUAGAUGAUCAGACCUGUAGAGAAGAUUUGCACAUCCUUUUCUCAAGUCAUGGUGAAAUAAAAUGGAUAGACUUUAUGAGAGGAGCAAAAGAGGGGAUAAUUCUUUUUAAAGAAAAAGCUAAGGAAGCACUGGAUAAAGCCAAAGAAGCAAAUAAUGGUAACCUACAAUUAAGGAACAAAGACGUGACGUGGGAAGUACUAGAAGGAGAUGUGGAAAAGGAGGCACUGAAAAAAAUCAUAGAAGAUCAACAAGAGUCUCUAAACAAAUGGAAAUCAAAAGGUCGCAGAUUUAAAGGAAAAGGAAAGGGAAAUAAAGCUGCCCAGACUGGGUCUGCUAAAGGAAAAGUACAGUUUCAGGGCAAGAAAACUAAAUUUGAUAGUGAUGAUGAACAUGAUCAAAAUGGUGCAUCUGGACCAGUAAAAAGAGCAAGAGAAGAAACAGACAAAGAAGAACCUACACCAAAACAACAGAAAACAGAAAAUGGUGCUGGAGACCAGUAGUUUAGUAAAACAUUUUUUUAUUCAUCUUAAUUAGGUUUUAAGCUGCUUUUGUCUUUAGAGGCUUUUAAAAAGAAAACCGAAUUAGAUCCACUUCAAUAUCAACCUGUAAGAAAGGAAAAUUUUUUGUUUUUGUCUUUUUGUUAUCCAAAUGAAGAUUUUUUAAAUGUAUAGUUCUGUUUGUGUUAUUUCAAAUGAUUCAAAUAUCAAAAGACUUCCACUAAAUUGCCUUUGUAAUAUGAAAAUGUAUUAGUACAAACUAAUAAAAUAUGUACUAUAUAAAAAAGAGCAAAAAAUUAGUUUUUUAUUUUUGUGCCUAAAGCAUUUGAGAAAGAAUACCUUAAACCAGAAUACUGGCUGUUAUCCCAUCGAUAAUUAUUCUGUCUCCUAUGCUAGCUUCUUUUAUUUACUCAGGCAACUUGAUAACAUUGGAAAUAAUUACUUAUUGAAAAGUUCUUCAGUACUGAAUGAAGAUAAGCCAGA